CCAAGUGUCCUUCGCAGGCUGUGAGAGAUGACUUCCCCGCUGGUCUACGAACACACCAAUAGACGACCCUCUUUUAAAUUCGAUUGGUACCCCAUAUGAUUUGCUUUUGAAGCCAAUGCGGCAUUCAACUGACGGCGUAUGGAUCAUACUGGCCCUGGGAUUCGUUAACAUCAAAUGUGAUGGGUGAGAUGAAGAACAAGGACACCAAGACAGCGGCCAGUCAAGCUUGGAGAAGAAAGCCUCGCAAGUUUGCUCCAAAGUCAAGACUAGGCUGUAAGACUUGCAAGAUAAGGCGAGUGAAAUGCGAUCUAUCUCUGCCUUCAUGCCUGAAAUGCCAUUCCACCGGUCGCACCUGUGACGGCUAUAGUGAAAUGCCCCUCGCUUUCAAGACCGACAAGACCGACAAGACAGAGACAACAGAGAAGGAAUCAAGAUCAAGCCACUCUCACGGCGAGAAGCCCGACAGAGCAAAGAACUGCACCAGCUACCCCCUUGACACCACGACCAGUGCUUACCAGCCAAAACAAUGGCACGCGAAACACCACGGCCUCACCUUGCGGAAUCUCAGACCCUGCAUGAUCCUACCGGUAAACGGGCCAGCCCAGGCAGACGCAAUGUGUUUUUUCGAGUGUAUCUCGAUCAAGCAUCUGAAUGCAUAUAACCCCUGCGAAUCCUGGCGGAAGACUCUCGUUUUCUUCUCCCAAACAGUGCCAUCGGUGCGGUAUGCCGCAAUCGCUCUGGCCCUGAUCCACAGAAACUACCUGGAUCGUGAUUCCAGUGACCUUGUGCAUCAACCGCAAUCCAGAGCGUGGCUAUCGGACAAUAAGGCCCCCUUACUGCACUACAAUCGGGCCAUUCAAUCCUUUCUGAGCCAGACGAAUGGGGACAGCACCGAAACAACGACUAUCGCCCUUUUGGUCUGCUACCUCCUUACCUGCUUUGAUCAUCUGGUGGGCAACUAUGUCCAAGCGGUGAAGCACCUGCGUGGAGGUGUGGAGAUUUCACGUAACAUCAACAUCAUCAUCAUCAACAACAACAACAGUACUUCUGACAAUCCUAAUCCCUCGGGACUUUGCACGUUUAUCCGCCAGGUGACGAGGCAGAUCCGUCGCCUCGACAUCCAGGCCGUAUCAUUCCUGGUCGACUGGACUCCAGGCGACAUCCAAGAGACACGGAUGGCCCCGAUUCCACCUUCUUGUACAUGCAAUACUACAUUUCACUCUCUCGAACAAGCCGCCGACCACCUCCAGAUCCUCGUCGCGCAGGUGAUGAGACUGUGCAACACGGAGCAGCAACUGUCCCCGAUGGGCGAGAUGCCACCAUUGCCCUCGUCACUAAAGGAUAUCGUUCUCGGGCAGUUGGAAACGUGGCUGAGUCUCUUCGAACAAGGCAACCCCUACACGACAGACCCUGAAGCCUACCCGCUCGCAUCCCUUCUGCGCCUACAACAUACAAUUGCAUGGAUUCUCCUCAGAUGUUACGGACCCGGUAGGGAAAUGGCGUAUGACGAUUUCCUGCCCCAGUUCCAGCAAUGCGUGGCCUUCGCGGGCGACGUGGCCGCCGCGCAUGAGCGGUAUUCCGGCUCUUUGAAGCCGACCUUCACGCCAGAGGUCGGGAUUAUCCCCGUGCUUUAUAUGAUCGGGGUCAAGUGCCGGCAUCCUGUGGUUCGACGCGAGGUGUUGGGUAUCUUGCGACGGCAGCGGAUGCGGGAGGCGGUUUGGGAUAGUAUCUCUGCUGCCAGGGUGGUCGAGCGGGUAAUUGAGAUUGAAGAGAGUGGGACUGGGGAUCAGAUGGUACUGAGUAUGGAGGAGAUCGCUGUGUGGCAGAGGGUCGAGGCUUUGUCUUGGGUACAUGGCGGUGGACAGUCUGCGGCCAGGUUGGAUAUUACAUAUACGUUCUGCGCGCGUGAGGGCUUGCAUAUUGAGUCUCUCGUGAUAUGA